AUGACGGGGCGGCGGGCGUAUGUACCCCUGGGCUGGGGAGGAGGCUAUUCUAGCACGUCCACUCGGCGCCCGCCGGGCCAAGGGUCCACCCCACACGGCGGCUUACUGACAGGGGGGUCAAAGCUUUCGUGUCCAGAACCCGCCCGGGAGGGUGUCCCGCUGUCGAGAAUAACUGUCUGCAACCUGGGUCUCUGGGCUAGUGAGACGGCUACGCCACGCUUCCAGUCGCCGCGUCCAAUCAACGCCAAACUUCCACGCAUUCACGGACCCGAUGCGCACCACCUCUGCUAUGACCUGAGCAGCGAAGCCGAGGCGCGAGCAGCUUUGAGAGAUCGUGUAACCCCGCCCAUCUAUGAUUAUGUCUCAUCCCCGACCGCGGAACCGGAAGCAAUGAGCGAGUCCAAUGCCAGUGAGGCCUCGGCGGGUUUCUCGAAAUUCCACCUCCCGCCGUCGCACCCGCAGCUCAUCUCCAAGAUCCCCAAGAUCCUGCCCCAUGAGCGCGUCUUCCCCAUCCAGAUAGGUUCCGAGCUGUUCAAGCUCUCGGGCGCCUCCCUCUCGUCUGACGCACCGUCCUAUUUCUCUCAGUACUUCGUCUGUCAGAUCAAGCGCGCCGAGGAGAAUGGCGAGGAAGUAUGUUCCGCCAUCCGCACGCUGUACAUUGAUCGAGACCCGGACACCUUCAGGGACAUCUCCCUCCACCUCCAGGGCUACCAUGUGUCGCCGCGGGACGGGCAGCACUUCGUGCGGCUCUUUGCCGACGCGCAGUUCUACACCCUGCCGAAGUUGAUGUCGCAGCUGUAUGAGGAGUCCAUCUUCAUGUCCAUCGGCCACCGGGAAUUCCAAAUCCCGCGCGACCUUUUCUCAUUGCCGGGUAACAGCCCGAACUUCUUCUCCCUUGGCUUCGCCAUCUUCUUCUCGACGCCCGACGAGAUCUUCCCCGGCCUGGAACGAGAGGGCCUGAUCCGGCCGCCCUCGAUCAUGCCCCCGGCGGUCCCGGGUCGGUCCGCAGACAUCUUCCAAGACUUGCUCCACCUGUUGCGUGGGUACUCCAUCCACAUCCGCGACGAGGAGCACCGCGCAAGCCUCCUUCGCGACUGUCGAUAUUUCAACUUCAAAGGGGUAGAGCAGAGGCUCAUCCCACAUAGUAUUAGUUACAACCAACUGCGGCAACGGAAAGAAAUCGUGCUUCGCCUGGAAGAUAUCUUGAAAUCUGGCAUAUCUAUAGCAAAUGAGCCGGCUUUCGCCCAAGGCGGCGGAGAACUGAUCUCGGCCUGGGUGAACUAUGCGCGCCCGUGGGUUGACGACAACCCGCACGAGUUGAUCCUAGAGAUCGGUGGCGAGAGCACAAAGCUGCACCUGAGCACCAUGCGUGCCGAGUUCUUCGGCCAGGCGAAAGCGCGCAUCGCAAAGCUCUUCGAGGUCAUCGCCGCGAAAAUGAACCUGCCACCAACGACCCAGCCACUGGGUCUCCUCAUGGUGAAGGGGGGCGCGGGCAGCCAGCCCGCCACCCCUGGACACACCCAUAUCAGCGAAGACCUGGUUCGCAUAGCUAUCGAGUCAGAUGCAUACAUCGAGCUCGACGGGAAUAUGUAUCCCACUCACACAGACAGUGAGGACGUUGCCGCGCCGUACUCGGCAACCUCCUCCAUAGGCAAUGGUGCCAGUCGCCCAGACUCGCCUGCAUCCAGCGUCGGCGGUGCGCUGGGGCACUCGCGCAAGAGGAGGCGGCUGGACAUCGGCACAAGACAGGGGACGGCGCAAGGGACCGAGGAGUGGGUGGUACGGAAGGGCCAAUGGCGGCUCAAGAUACAGGGAUCGAGGGACGGCAAGAACGCCAUCGAGUGCGUCCUGGUGGCUGUGAGGCUGGAAGCUUACAGCAAUGAGCAAUCGAGGAAUGCCCAGCGGGGCUUCCUUAGUUGA